AUGGCCUCGCCGCCGAAGCCUUGGGAGACGGCGAGGAGCGGAUCAGCAGCCAUACCAAUAUCCACACCGGUAACUACAGCCACCACGAGCGCCAUCGAAUCAGCCGCCGCGCCAUCAAUACCUACACGACCCGACUCCCUCAAUCAGCUUGCCACGCGCAAUGCCUCAGCAUACUCUUCACCACUCAAUCGGGCAUCACCCUACUCAUCCCCAUAUGGCGGCAUGGGCUCGUCCUAUAGCUCUCCCUACAGCAGGUUUGGUGGAGGUGGCUAUGGGAGUUUCGGCGGGAUGGGAGGAGGCGGCAUGUACGGCUCCCCAUAUGGCGGGAUGGGUGGUGGAUAUGGCAUGGGAGGAUACGGGCAACCGGGCAUGUACGGACAAGAGCAGCCGAGCAUGACUCAGUCCAUGACACAGAGCACACAAGCCACUUUCCAGAUGAUUGAGAGUAUCGUGGGAGCUUUCGGUGGCUUUGCACAGAUGUUGGAGAGCACGUAUAUGGCCACGCAUUCCAGCUUCUUUGCUAUGGUAAGCGUGGCAGAUCAGUUCUCGACCUUGAAGCAGACGCUGGGCAGUAUACUGGGUAUCUUCACCGUUAUGAGGUGGAUACGAACAGCGAUUGCGAAGCUCACAGGCCGGCCUCCACCUGCAUCCAGCAAGGAACUUACACCAGCGAACUUUGCCGCUUUCAGUGGCGGUGCACCACCAGAUGGUGCAGCAGCACAACCAAAACCAAGCCGGAAGCCGUUCAUCUUCUUCAUCGUGGCUGUAUUUGGUUUACCAUAUCUCAUGAGUAAACUCAUACGAGCACUCGCCGCAUCACAAGAAGCCGAACAACAACGACAGCUCGCCAUGUCACCUCAUGGAACAGAUGGUCAGCAGCCACUCGACCCAAGCAAACUCGAUUUCUGCAAGGUCAUGUACGAUUACACACCCCAGCAACAACCCGGACAGCAGUUCACCGAAAGCAUUGACCUAGAAGUGAAGAAAGGCGAUCUCGUUGCGGUCUUAUCCAAGACAGAUCCAAUGGGCCAAGCGAGCGAUUGGUGGCGAUGUCGCGCUCGCAACGGCCAGAUGGGAUAUCUACCAUCUACAUACCUGGAGACCAUUGCGCGAAGGCCGCAGCAAGCGCAGAUCGCGGCUAAGAGCAAUGUGUCAAGCCCUGGUCAUUCACGAGUGAACACAAUGACCGGAAGCAUGACCAGUGGCGGCAGCAGGGCGAAUAGCAUGACUAUCACGGAAAAGGAGAAGGCGCAAGUCAAGGCGAAGACGCCGCCGACAGUGGAAGGGAAGCCUGGCGAUAUCAGUGUUGAGAGUUUCCAGCGAGCAGCUUUUAAUUCGUAG